AUGGCGAUGAACUCGACCACGGGCACCAACUACAGCAGCAGCUACAGGGAUAAGACGGCUACAUCGACCCAAGAUCGAUCUACUGCCUCUGCAUCUUCAUCGAUAUCUUCUCGCCGCCCAUCCACAACAUCGACAUCGACAAGCUCAAGCACUUCAGGGAAAAUCGCCACUCCCGCCACAUCACUACCCGUCAAAUCAGACAGAAACGUGGGCAUAACCUACCGCGAUCGUCUGUACGAGACCGACUGUUGGAGCGGCUCCAUGGGGAGUAGCUACGGGUCGUUUAUGCGCUCAUUACAUACUCGUGCAUCUUGA